AUGGCGAUAAGCACAGAAAGCCGUCAGAACAUCGAAGUAUUCCAAUUGCAGUUACGCGAGACCAUAAACGAAGGCAACGACGACGAAAGUAGAAGUAGUGACUCUACGUGCACGUUGAUCAAUCUGUCGGAGCAGGAGACGACAACAGUUUUGCAGGAUAGUCACCAACAGGUACAGCAGCAAGAGUGUAGUAAAGAGACGCUGUCGUUGGCAAGACACGAUCAAACGAGUGAAUCAAUUGCUAUGAGGCAGACCACGCAACCUUAUGUUCAAGUGGACGUUUACAUCGAUGAAGAUAGCGAAGAGGAAUUUGUAGCAGGUCAGGAGAUUAAAAUUGAUGCAGAUAGUGAAGAGGAAGAAGACAUUGAUGGCCGAGAACCUCAUGAAAGACGAAGACCUUGUUUAGUUGCGUCUUCGUCUUCAGGUGACGAUGGUAGCACUCGAACGAUACGCUGUAGCUUAGAUGCAGCAGAAUCACCAUCCAUUCCUGCGGAGGUUGAUGACGUUAAAGUGAUCGAAGAUGUCGUGCAAUUACAUGAGGCCAUAGAUACAGUCGAAAUGAUUGAAGAGCCUGAGACUGUAGAAUUUACGGGACCCACAGAGACCCCCGUGCGCCGAUCCAAGCAUUCUUUUACGGCUCAGCCGUUGGACAAUAUGCGUGAGUCAAGGCGUGUGGUCCUUGUAACUCGCCCCAGCCAGCGGGAUAUUGAGUUGUGGACAGAGCGCGCGACGAGCACAAUAAGAGAUAGCAGUACCCGACGAAAGUCUACAAACGCACAAAGGCUUUGUCAGAGUCGGCGAUGGGUGUUAGAGUACAAGCCUGUUGUUCGACACUCCGGCUGGCUAAUUAAGCGUGAUCAUGGAUUACGUAACUUUAAACGUCGGCUUUUUUGUAUCGUAGACAAUGAGCUGAUUUAUCACGAUACUCAUGAUGCGACAGAAGUGCGUGGCCGACUAGAUCUCACACGGAAAAGUACCGUACAGUGUAUGUUGCACAGCGGCUUUAAAUUUGUGCAAGGGAGCAACAGCAUGGUUCUUUAUGCACUAGACAACCACGAUCGCGAUUUAUGGAUACGUAAGCUACAGGAACACAAUGUUCAGCUACAACCUCAAGGGGCCAAGAUGGCGAGAUUAAUGAAACAGCAUAGUGAUAACGCAGACAAAGGCGACCCUAUUCUUUUUUCUGGAUGGCUACGCAAGCGUGGUCGGAUGGUUAAAUCAACCAAGCGACGUUGGUUUGAACUGUCAAACACGACGCUUUCAUACUUUGCACACCCACAAGGCGGCUCACGUAAAGGCUCAGUCGAUGUCUCUCGUGCACGUGUAUCUCCUGUUGAUACUUUGAAGACGGGGGAACGACAUAGCUUCCAGAUUUGUACUCCCAAUCGUAUUCUGUCUUUGCAUGCUGACAGUCAAGAAGAGCGAAUGCUUUGGCUAGCAGCACUGGCUUCUGUACGCGAACAGACGACACAAAGUAUGACAGCACCACACGCAACUGAGUUCUCCAUGCCCACGAGUGUAUCUGAAAUGGGACGAAACUGCAAGUGUGGCGCUCUUGUUGAGGGUGGAGCAGCUUUUAAUGGAGUGUGUCGACGCUGUAUGUCUUCAUUUAUUUCGAAUACAGAAGACGCCAUGGUAGAUGUGGCACGCGAAGUACAGCUUCUCUUGGCGUCUCCAUACUCUCCAGAAGGAUCUACUUCUGCAGCAUUUCUUAAGGAACACACUGGCCGCCCAGUAUCUAACCAUACCGUGCGAAAAUUUAUGAGUGGUCUUUCGAACUAUCUGCUUCAUACUCGUUUGAAAGAGCUUCAAUUGCUUGCUGGCGUUGCACAGCCAGAGCGCAGCUCCGAAUGUGAUUAUAGUGACGAUGGAGAUAAGGUCAAACGCAUCGACUCAAACCGUCCACUAGAUGCUGAGGUGGUCAGUGAGAUCACGGAUAACAUCCAGACGAUUGUUCAUGAACAAAUAGAGGAGCGUGUAUUCUUCCCAUUGUAUCGGACUAUUUUGACGAACGUCCGAGCCCAGACACGAGAAGACGCAAAGGUACUCAAAGGAAAAAUUGAGAUCUUGCGUAGUAAAUCGCAGGCAUUUUUUGGCAUUGGACCUGAAAUCGAGUCAUCAACUCGAUGGCAUUCUGCUUGUGCAAAGCUGCGUGAAAUUGACAAAGUAAGUCUUCCGUACAUGAAACGCGCUCAAUUAUUGGCAGCAUGCAAGGAGAUCUACGCCGUUUUUCACAAUGAACACCCGACCCAAGCACCUAUGAGCGCAGAUGCUUUUAUUCCAGCCUUCAUUUACGUACUCAUUCACUCGCAUCUACACGAUCCUGUAGCUUUGAAAGAGAUGAUUACUUUUUUUGAUUCUGGUGGUCAACAUGGUGAAAUAGCGUACUUUGUGACGUGUCUGGAGAUCGCGUUGGAAUACAUUCGAUCACUUUUGACAGCGUGUACAGUAGUGCUGUCGUCAAAGCGAAAGCUUGGCAUUGAGUUCUCUCGACAUCCUGAAUCAGAUGUGGUCAUUGUACGUCGAUUAAUUCCUGGAGAACAGGCACAACAGAGUGGUGUAAUUCAUGUGGGUGAUGUACUUGUCGCUGUUAAUGGAUUGCCGGUGUAUGAAAUGGCCCUAAUAGAAGUUGCAAAACUCUGGCGUGGUAUGGAUGGAGAGGCUGAGUUUUGUUUUCUACCGAUGCACGAGUAUCGGCGAAAGUACUGCACGUAA